AACACAACCAACAAAAACAAACGGUGCCACCUGUGUCUGUGUCUGUUACUGUGAGAUGUCUUUAGUGCGGAUCCACCGACCUUUAUAUGGUGCGAGUAAAAGACCAGUGCGAACCAGGAAGGUGUCUGCACCCAAGAAAGAAUGGGUGAGCACAGUCCACGACCUUUCAGUGCAUAAAGCCACACCAGAGGAUCUGGCUCGACGUCAUGAUAUGCACAGAUCUCAGAACAGGGUCGUGGCGCAGUGGGAAUUAAAAGAAAAGGCUCUAACACGCAGACGGAGGAAAACCCAGCCACUCAGUCCUCCAGGACUUGAUAGAGCCCGACUCAACAUCAUCAGAGAGGUGUUUUCAGAUCAGUGUCAGUUGCAGGAUGUCAUUGCACGGUCAGACAGAGCUUUGGCUGAAGUAAAAGACCUGUUUGGUGAUGCACCCCGUCGACGCACAGGAUUCCCCACCUUUACUGUGGCACCUGACUGUGAUUCUGACUCUGAGCUUCCUGUUCAUCAAAAAUCUGAUCCUCCAACCCAGCUGUCAUUGCUCAGCCAGUCUAUGAUGGAUCAGCAGGCCCUGAAUGAGUUGAAGGAGGUUGAAGAGGAAGAUGAUGAAGUCCAGGAUGCCUCUGUGCGCCUCAGCUCUAUGAUGCACAGAAAAAGAAAUAAAUGUAGGUCAGAGUAUUUUCUAUGGGCCUCAGACCAUCCGGAGCAAGAGCUACCCAAGACACCAUGUAAUACUGGAGUCAGAGAAGACCAGGCAGCACUCAACGCUACGGUGGCUGUUCAGCGUUUAAAAUCCAGACAGACUCAUUCUGAUGUAAACCAGUCUAACUCGCUCGUCAACCAGGUUCUGAACCCAGAGCCUGCUUCCUCUCAACCAGGUAUUAAGAGCAGGUCAGUUCAAGCCAGUAGGGGGCGUUCCGGACAUACUUCUGGUAUGAACAGCUCAGGUUUAAGCUCUCUGGCAGGAAACCAGUCCAGUCUGGAGCUUCUGCAGAGCAUGCUUGAGCAAGUGGAGACUGAGCUAGACUCUCUAGACCACCAGAACCCUCCACCAGAAGCUAGACCGCAGCAACAGAGACCAGGCCUCACCGGCUUCUCUGUGGCUCUAGUGGCGACACUUGGACGGCUAGCCAGACAUAUUAGAAAAAAAGAAGAGGAGGCUUUGAGGGAGGCACAGGAGAGAAGACGACUAGAGGAGGAAGUGAAGGAGCAGAGAGCUUUGAUUGACGCCCUGACUGUGGAGUCACUGACACUGAGGGAAGAGAGCACCGCCCUGCAGGUGAGGCUGCAGCAGCAGAUAUCUGACCUAGAGCGAUGCCUAGAUGCUGUAGUUCUGGUGGUGGGAAGACCAGAUUCUGCAGAACCCCACACAACAGUGCAAAUCACAGACAACACAGCUCAAAAAAGCAGAAAUCUGGAGUCUGGCGGUACUGAAAAGGAUCUACAGCAACAGGACUUUGUCUCUGCAGCUGUGCUGCUCUCUCCUCCUCGUCAGAGAUGGUCUGCGUCCCGCAGCGUGUCAUCCACAUUCACAAGCACCCACGCUGCACUUCAGUGGUCCUAUGCAGCGACAGGAAGUCAGGGUUCACUGGAGGACUUUGACAUCUCCAUCUCUCCUUCGUCCUUCGCUAGCCUACCACGACCCACUCCUUUGCUGGAUGAUCUCUCCCAGGAUGCCAUACUAGGGGAGAUCGCUGAACUGACACGUCAGAACGCAGCGAUCCGGGGCCAGUUGGGGCAGCUCCGUCAAUCUCCAGCUGGAGCUUCAGUAUCAAGGGAGCAGAGCGCAGACAGACUUUCCACAACCAGUUCUAUAGUUAGACAAGUGUCGCCCUCUACAGAGCCACAGCACACACAGCAGCCUGUUUCUGUAGAGAGAUCCUCAACAAUGGAGAUUGAACAAAAACUGCAGGAAUUGAACCGCCAAAGUGCUGAAGCAAGAGCUAAACUACUAGAGCUCAUUGAACAACAGAAACAGAGUGCCUCCCUCGGAGUUUCCCCGGUCAUUUCCAAAGACACUCACAACUCCACAAACACUCAAGAAUGAAAAUGGUUAACUCCAGAGCCAUUUUUGACACUUCCUGAGAGAAACUAUUCACCACAUUCCAGUGCAAGUAGUCGUAGACUCUCACCACAAAGUUUGGAUAGUGUGGAAAUCCACAGCCUUGAGAAUCAGGUGGACAAGCUGAAAAGAGAGGGCUGGUUUGCAUUGUCAGCUCAUGUCAAAUGAAUUGAGCUCAACAGAGGGAUAUGGUCUAUGCAUAACAUCAUAUUUCCAUGCACAAUAGCAUUUUAAUACAUUUGACAUCCCUAGUGUGGUCUGAUCAAACAUCCUGACUGCAGCAUACCUGUGUAAUGCUCAUGUUGAGAACGUGACGCCCAGAGGGCCUGUCUAUGCAUAGGAACUCAACACAAGGCAACAAACCAUGAGAAUUAAGCGCGAGUUGUUGGAUUGGCCAGAUUACAUCAAUAAACAAUAGAUCAAAACUUCAGACAGUUUGACCUAGUCAAAUGACAUUUACAUGAAUCCUUAUAUGGAGUAUUUAAAAUAUCACUGUGCAUGCAGGUGUACCGAUAUAUUUUUUAACUGUAUUUAAUGUAUUAGUCCUAUCAUUUUUUUUUUAAGAAAUGGACAAUU